CUCUUCCCCUGCCUUUCCUCAUCACCACUUCUCUCCCACUAUCUUUCUUCCUUUGGCCAAUGCUGUAUUGUCCAGAAUCUGCGGAUUCAUUGAGAAAGAUUUGAGCUUUUUCCUCUUCUUGUUUCUGGGUUUAUUCUGUUUUGCUCUGUACGUGGUCUCUCGACUGACAUGGCUUAUUUAAGGUGGAUUCUGUUUCUGGGUCUGCUGUUUAUGGUGUCUGAAACAAUGGGGGCUCCGCCUAGAAGGCCUGUGAAUGUGCCGUUCGGAAGGAACUAUAUGCCUACAUGGGCUUUUGACCACAUCAAGUACUUCAAUGGAGGCUCUGAUAUCCAGCUCCACUUGGAUAAAUACACUGGUACUGGAUUCCAAUCCAAAGGUUCUUACUUGUUUGGCCACUUCAGUAUGCAAAUCAAGCUGGUCCCAGGCGAUUCUGCAGGAACAGUAACUGCAUUUUAUUUAUCUUCUCAAAACUCAGAGCAUGAUGAGAUAGACUUUGAGUUCUUGGGGAACAGGAGUGGUCAGCCAUACAUUUUACAGACCAAUGUGUUCACUGGAGGAAAAGGAGACAGAGAGCACAGAAUCUAUCUCUGGUUUGAUCCAACCAAAGCUUACCACUCCUACUCUGUUCUCUGGAACAUGUACCAGAUUGUGUUCUUUGUGGAUGACAUACCAAUUAGAGUAUUCAAGAACUGCAAGGACUUGGGGGUGAAAUUCCCAUUCAACCAACCGAUGAAGAUCUACUCGAGCUUAUGGAAUGCCGAUGAUUGGGCCACAAGGGGUGGGCUCGAGAAGACUGACUGGUCCAAGGCUCCAUUCAUUGCAGCCUACAAGAGCUUCCACAUUGAUGGGUGCGAGGCCUCUGUUCAAGCCAAGUUCUGCGCCACCCAAGGCAAGCGUUGGUGGGACCAGAAGGAGUUCCAAGACCUUGAUGGGUACCAGUACAGGAGGCUCAAGUGGGUCCGCUCCAAGUUCACCAUUUACAACUACUGCGCCGAUCGGGUUCGGUUCCCUGCUAUUCCACCGGAGUGCAAGAGAGACGGUGAUAUAUAAAAAGAUAUUAUUUUCUUUUUUAAUAAAAUAUUAGUCGAUUUUAAAAAAAAAUAUUAUUGGAUAUUAUCAUAAGAUUGUUAAAGUUCAUUCAUGUGGUUCCCCAUGCUUAUGGGGGCACGUGUACGAGUGCCAUUGUCAGUGGUUUUUUCAGUUAUUCUUGUUACUUUGUUAUUAAAAUUUUAAUAAAAUAAAUUUAUUCUAUUA